GAUUGAUGAGUGUAGUGAAGCAGAUGGUCACACAGUUAGCCAGGCUGCUAACCUAAACCUGGAGUUUUACUGUCACGUUAUCGAAAAUUUGGCAUAACGCGGGACUACUUAACCUCAGCGGAGUAACAUCUCAGGUUGCUGUAGCACUCAGUGGUUCUAUGCCAAGAAGUUUCCACAUGCUAUGACCCUGACUUGCCAGGAAGUGCACUUACAUGCACACACACACAGUCAAAGACUUCUGCUGAGCCACAUUCUGAUAUUACACAAUCCUUAUACAAGCACACAAUCUCCGGCACACACUAACCAGCCACAGCAAACACAUUCACAGACCUAUCCCACAACUCACCACAAACCCAGAUACUGGAACUCACCACACACGUAUCGCCACUCCCCUUCUCCCACCUCUUCUGCCCCUGCUCCUCCCCAUACCUCUGGAGCUACGCACAACCUCUCUGCCUUUUUUCCUGAAUUGUGAAUUUCCAAGAGAGGAACACCGUCGCCCUCCCACUGAGCUCCUGAACUGUGCAACUGGUGACUUAUCAGCAUGAUGGCCAUGGGAUAAAAUGUAUGGAAUUUGUUUUUACCACAUCAAUUUUUUGGACACAUUAACCUCUUUAUAACGAUGAUUCCAGCCUCCAACUCAAUUAUUUGCAAUUCUUUGACUCUGAACCCAGAAGGCGCUGACCAGCAGAGAUGCUCUCUGAUCAAUUAUUCUGGAUAUCUCUGGCUUCUGUUUCACAGUAAGUGAUCAAGAUGAAAACCAUGGGCAUUACAUGUUUUGUUAGCAUAUUAUAAUAGCAUAAUAUAGUUUUGCUCUCACAUAUAGAAAAUAGUAGCAAUAGGUAGUACACAGAUAUAAACCAACCAUUCAGCGUAACAAACCAAUUACAAGACUGUAAUGGAAGGAAUGGCAGAGGAGAGGGAGCCUUCUGGCCUUCCGGAGAAGAUUAAACCCAAGGAAGAUGCGGAAGAGAGUGAGAAGGAGGUGGAGGAAGAAGGCAGAGGUAUGCAGAUCCCUCUACAUCGCUGGGUAAUGCACGGGGCGGUGAUGUUUGGACGUGAGUUCUGCUACGCCAUGGAGACAGCUCUGGUGACGCCAGUGCUGCUGCAGAUAGGUCUUCCUGAGCAAUAUUACAGUUUAACCUGGUUCCUCAGUCCUAUCCUGGGUCUCCUCUUCACACCUGUGAUUGGCUCAGCCAGUGACCGAUGUACUCUGCGGUGGGGCCGGAGAAGACCGUUCAUUCUGGCCCUGUGUGUAGGUGUGCUGCUGGGAGUGGCGCUGUUCCUAAAUGGAUCAUUAAUAGGCCUCUCCGUUGGUGAUAGUCCCAGCAGCCAGCCGAUUGGCAUCGUCCUCACUGUAGUAGGCGUGGUGGUGUUGGACUUCUGUGCUGAUGCCUCUGAGGGACCAAUCAGAGCUUACCUUCUUGAUGUUGCCGAUACUGAAGAGCAAGAUAUGGCCCUGAAUAUUCAUGCCUUCUCUGCUGGACUCGGUGGAGCAGUGGGCUACAUGCUGGGUGGUCUAGACUGGACUGGCACAGCUCUGGGCCAAGCAUUCAAAUCACAGGAACAGGUCCUCUUCCUGUUCGCAGGCAUCGUCUUCAUCAUCUCUGUCACACUGCACAUGUUCAGUAUCCCUGAGCAACCUUUCGCGCCAUCCAGCCAGCUUAAAGUCACAGGAAGUGGGGAGUCUAACAGCCAGCUGUCUCUCAGGCCCGUCGGCCACUCGCAACUUUUACUUGAUGUGAUCGCAGAGGAAGAUGCCUCCGCUCAAGCCCCGUCCCGAGAGGACAACCAAUCAGAUCCUGAGGACGGGGAAAUGGACUUCCUUGCUGUGGAGCGAGUGCGGAGUAAAAGCGAUUCAGUCCUAGCCAUGCCAGAUGCUACGAUCGAGUUGGAUUCUGACCUCGAUCCGGACUUCCAACUUUUCCUGCCAGAGGUGCAUCACUUUCUACCAGAGAUGCAGGGAGAGCUAGAAGAUAUGUUCAAGCCAUUAGACCACAAUAUUGGCUCGUCAUCUCCUUCUGGUGGAGCACCCGCCCUAAAUGAUGGGAUGGGGAUCUUAAAACCGAUAUAUCCAGCCUGGCCUGAGCUCACGGGUCCAACAAACGGCCCUCCUUCUCUCCAGAUCAGUUCAAAAGACUCACAUCUGAAAACACAGGUCAAGGCUGCCAAUGGUGUCAGUGCAGGUUUGUCCUCUUCUGACCACUCCAAUGCAGUGAAAGGCCACUCCUCAACUAAGCCGCCAAACCGCCUCUCCAACACCUCCGUUUCAUCACGGCCAUACCCACACACCUUCUACAGACAGCCCUCCUUCACCUUCUCCUACUACGGACGAGUGGGAUCACAGCGCCAUCGACUGCGAAGGACAGCGCCAUCAAGCCCUCAGCCAAUCACCACAUCCCGCAGCCUGAAUGAUCUGAGUGAACUCCAGCGGUGUGCAGACAGGCGGGAGUUGCAGCUGUCAGCUAGCAGUCUGUCAUCUGAGGGCUCCAGCAGUGAAGGAGGACCAGACAAGGGUACAACUGUUCGACUGCUCUGGUUAUCCAUGUUGAAGAUGCCGAAGCAGCUGUGGAGACUGUGUGUGUGUCACCUCCUCACAUGGUUCUCCAUUAUAGCUGAAGCUGUGUUUUACACCGAUUUCAUGGGGCAAGUCAUCUACGACGGAGACCCCACGGCACCAGCUAAUUCCACAGAGCUACUGAACUAUCACAGAGGAGUACAGAUGGGCUGCUGGGGCCUGGUGGUCUAUGCUGCCACUGCUGCUGUCUGCUCUGCAAUCCUUCAGAAGUACCUGGAUAAUUUUGAUCUGAGCAUUAAGAUCAUCUACAUUGUUGGAACUCUGGGAUUCUCAUUAGGAACUGCUGUCAUGGCGAUCUUUCCUAAUGUUUAUGUUGCCAUGGUGAUGAUCAGUAGCAUGGGCAUCAUCUCCAUGAGUAUCUCCUACUGUCCCUAUGCAUUACUCGGGCAGUACCAUGAAAUCAAAGAGUACAUUCACCACAGUCCAGCAAACACAAGAAGAGGUUUUGGUAUUGACUGCGCUAUCUUAUCCUGCCAGGUCUAUAUCAGCCAGAUUUUGGUUGCAUCGGCCCUUGGAGCUGUUGUAGAUGCAGUUGGCAGUGUGCGCGUCAUUCCUGCAGUGGCCUCUGGGGGCGCCUUCCUCGGCUUCCUUACUGCCUGUUUCCUCGUCAUUUAUCCUGAUAUGGAGCCCAGUACCUCAGAGCAGGAGCAGGGUUUGGUGGGUUUACCUGGAAUUUUAGACCCAAAUGGAGGAAGGACCAGUGACCAGAGGCUGGCUCUGCUGAACCUCAUGGACAGAGAUAGUUUGAAGAAGACAGAGAAUCACUCUGUUGCCUGAACGUCGCACAAGCCACGGCAUGUGGGGAUGGUACCAAAUGUCUGUGCCUUUCUGAAGAAGGAGAGAUGAUGAAAGAGGGAAAAUAUGUCCUAAAGCUGACUUGGGUCUACAGAAGUCUGGGUGGGAUAGAUUAAGUUAGAUUAUCUUCUUGGAGUAAAGGACUGAAAAGACGAAACAACCUCAGUGUUGGGCUGCUAUGCUUGACUUAUUACUACCUCAACCUUAAAACGAAUAAAUGUUUGCAUGGUUAGAUGGAUAGAAGUACGCCAUUAAAACACUCAGGGUUCAAGCUUGCAGUCUGUGUAAAGUGGUGCACAGCUCAGUGGACCCUCAUUUUAGUUUCAGACUGACACAAUUGUCAUGUUCACAGCCUACAUUGUGUUAGCAGCAAAUGUGCCUUAUUUUGCACCCAGAUUAUGCGCCAUUUAACAAGCAAAAGUUGUUGAACGUGCCCUAAAUGCACUUGGGCCCUGCACUUUAGACCAUGUGCUAUAGAUAGUUUAAACAGGGCCCUGGGAAAAGGACAACUGCAUCGUUCUGAAACAAGCAAUGACAGUUGCGCUGCCCUGUGCACCAGGUGUAAGAUAGGGCCCUAAGAGCCACAUGACUGUUGAAACUAAGACUACUGAACAAACGUAAGCCUUUACUGUGAAAACACAAAUGGGAAGCACACAGAGCACUUUCCGUCUCACUCCUGAACAGUACUGUCACACCGAUGUUGCAGAAUAACGUCAGUGGAUAUUUAACUUCACAGAAGCUGCUCCUUAACGCUGAAUGGACAAUCAUAGUGCUGUAAAAGUGUGUACCUCUGCAUUACAUGUAGACUGACUACUGAUAUAUGAUUAGCUCCAGUCUGUUAAUAGAACACCUAAGUUUUAUAAAUGCCAGGAAGUUUCCAAACUACAGGUAAAGCCUUCCACAUUUGCUGCAGACUUAACAAAACAGUUUAACAUCAAACACUUUUUUAUUCACAUUUACACUGUUGGAAUCUGUUACAUGGCAAGUUUUCACGCCUGUACAAAAACAUACUAAAAUUCUGAAUGCGAUAUUCUCCUUUCAUGCCAUGACACACAUGAAACAUAACAUAUAGUUAAGUAAUUUCACCAGCAGCUGUGAUGAUGUAUUUUUGGCACCACUGAUCUGUUAUCUACACUGAUUUUUAUUUAAAUUAUUAAGUCCGUCUCAACAAGGAUUUUUUUUUUUUUGUGAAUUUACGCCUUAAAUAAUAGUGUCAUGGCCUCUCCAAUUUGACCUCAAGUGUUUUUUGGGUUUCAGUGUGAUUUGUUUUGGAGGUGCCAUUUGUUUUGCUUUCUACUGAAUUUAAAAGACGUUUUUGAAAAUAACAUUCCACAUACCUGUUCAUCGUGGUACAUAUCCAGUCAAUCAAAAAAAUAUAGAAAUGCACUGUCUCAAAGGGAUUGCUGUUUCUGUUGGCAGGCCCAGUCUCUCCUCUCUGAAGGCUCAUCUUCAGCAGAACCUCUUAACUCUUAAACAUGAGUUAGAUUAAAUACCCGGAGCAGCGUAAUCAGUGCAGUAUGUUUUUUAAUUAGGUAGGUUUAAUGUCACAUGGUCUAAAACUGCUUCAGAAGCCCAUAAUGCUGCAUAUUGAAUGGGUGAGAGGACCUAAAUGCAAGGCUAACAGCUGAUCUAUGCAAACAUGAAAUUGCCUUGGCUGGGCUGUUUUUACCAAAUGAACCUUAAAGAAAAAGCACAGGAUCUUCUUGGUUCACUUUCCUCCUUGUUGUACUCGGAGGUAGCACGAGUGAAAACUAGUGAAAAUAUUGCACAGAUUUUUGGUUUUACAGCGUGAAUUUUACAAUCUGACUGAAGCAAGAUCUCUAAUAUCAUCAAGCCCUUAAGAAACGUCUUUACUCGUUUAUGGGUGAUGCCAACAGCCUCUGUUGGGACCUUGUUUCCUGCUAGCUUUCAUCACUUUGCCUGUGAUGACAGAAAAAUGUCCUCUAUGGUGUGAUCGCUGUCACCAAGGACUUAGGGCCCAUUUAUAAUCCCUUUAUGUAUGAAAAUAGACACAUUCAUUUUUGACAAUUACUGCCAUUAUUCUUCCAUGUGUCCCUUAUGUUGACAUAAAUACAUCCACCAGGGGGCAAAGUCAGAAGUUUCUCACAGCAAACAUGAAGAUGGUGGGGGAGGUCGCAAUAAUUUAUCCUUUAAUGGAGGCGGCAUGGUAGACGGCAGUGGUCUGUUGUGGUCUUUGUUGUGUCCUAUGUCUUGCUACACCACGCCCACAAUUUUAGGUGGCACUGCUCUGCUUUGUCCCCGUCCACAAGCUUCUACCGAACGUGCAACAACGUGAACGCAGAGUACGGACAGAAAGUCCCGUCUGUGUGUGUAUGUAUACCUAACGUUGAGUAUUAAUGAGCCUUUACAGCCUCCAGGUUUACACAGGCUGUUUUACAAGCACUACAAAAGGACAAUCCUUAGUUUGUUUGUUUUUUCAUCAUAUAUUGAAGGGGAAGUGUUGAGAGAAUUAAAACAAAAUGACAUACUUAAUCACUAAUUUCCCUGUGAAUAAUAACGCAGACUCUGCUUGUGUGUGUGUGACAUGGGGUGUGUGCUGUUGGUUAUGUUUUCUAAGCAACGUGAGAUACUAAAUCUCCAGCUUUUGUGUAAAGAUGAGUCCCUCUGAAUCAAAGUAGAACAGAACUUCAUGGACACAUUUAAACUUUCUUUUGUACAGUUUUAUCAGAGGAAACAGGCAGGUGAACCAAAGCCUCCUGUUUUCUCCACCGCUUCCAUUCCUUUCACGUUAACUUGGUGUCAGUUCGGUAUGUAAUUUCACUUCAGCUGGUUAACAUGUUUCAGAGACGUUUCCAUCUCACACUGGAGGAGACACUCCGUAUUUAUUGCCAAACUACUGUACUGAAUAAGAGUUUCUCGGAACAGGCUUAUUGAAAUAGUUUUGAUUUUUAGACAAACGUUAAGAUUUUUAGGAUGAUAUUCUAUGUUUUGGUUUGAAAGCCAAUCACUGGUGUUUUUUUUUAAGUGAUUUUGGGUUCUUUUUGCUGCUGCACAGACUUUUGUACAAUGUGAUCAAGGUAUUUUUGUACCAGUUAUUUGAAAAAAAAAAAAAAAGACUAUAAUGGACCUUCACUUGUGUCUG